AUGGUAGCCAUAGAAGAGUUGAAGACUAGACUUCAAAGCUUGAACCCUUCCAUUUUGGACGUGCAAGAUAUGUCCGAUGGGUGUGGAUCGAAAUUUAGCAUUCUCAUAGUCUCAGAAGCUUUCGAAGGCAAAAGAACUCUUCAAACUCAUAGACUUGUUCAAGAAGCUAUUAGUGAUAUUAUGCCUCAGAUUCAUGCUGUUACUAUAGCAGCUUACACACAAGCCAAAUACGAAUCAGUAAAGCAACAAGCUCAAUAA